AUGCCAGAUUUGAUGAAAAACAGCCUAACUAUAGUAAUGGUAACUGCACUGGUAAACAGAUUCCAGCUUAAUUCGGAGUGCUCGAAAGGAUUCUGUGAGAAAACAGUUAUUACUGUAGUCUUUGCUCAUGUCCGAAGUUUCAAUAUGUGUUCAAAUGAACAAGACUAG